CUUGCACAUGCCGAUUCCUGCCGUGCGCUCCAUGCUUCAGAUCCUCGGGCAGUUUGACAAUGGCGAAAUGCUGAAAAAACUUUUAUCGUCCCUGCAGCCAGCAGAAGCGAUUGCACUGAUAGGUUUGGAAUUUUUGGAAGAGUUUUUCAAGGCCGCUUUCUGUACCGGACAUUAUCCGAAAGAAUCUUUAGCCGCCCUAUUCGCAGCAGCGCCCAAGCAAUCUCGUGAGAUAGCUUGCAAAGAGGGAGUGUUGCUUUGUGCCGUCCACCACCGGCGUCAAGAUCUGGUAAUUCUCUUGACCCGCAACAAGAUGUUCUGCCCGGGUUGCGCAGUCGACAUUUCUGCAGACGCGAAGGAAUGGAACGGCAAAACCGGAACGGUUCUCUCCUACAAUCCAGAAAAAGAUCGAUUUCUAGUACAGGUGGAAUCGGAGGCCGACGAAGAUUUCCUCUACGUGAAUGAAAGCGAACUGAGUUUCACAGAUAACAAGGGUACCGAGCCGGUGUGUCUCAUGGGUAAGCCUGGAACAGCGGAUGCACAACAUGUACGCAUUGUUUCGCACGCAGGACGCGGCGCGUCACGGAGCGCCGACAAAGGAAUCUGCGUCGUACGGCUGCGUGUAGCUUCCUUCAAGCCCGAGAAGCUCGAUUACAAUUAUGCGCGGAGUGCAUUUUUUUCAAGAGGCGCUGAAGUGUUUGUGAGCGGAC